AUGAGUUUAAGAAGUAAUUAUUCGUCGCCUAUCUUCGGUACUGGUUGUGAAUUACCAAAAAAUGUGCUGCCGACCUACAGUGAUGUAAUGAAAUAUUAUGUCUUUGUAUCAGUGGCACGAUGUGCGGAAAAGGGACGACAAGAUUUAGUACAGGCCACUUGUGAUAUUGUUGCGACCGAAGUCGAAAACAUCUGGAAACGAGCCUCUUUACCAAUAGUACAACAUAAAACAAUGGUGUCAAAAAUAAGAUCCUAUCAUGACAAACAUCGCGUCCUUCUGAAAUCCUACCAAAAGAGUAAAGAUAACGAAAAUUAUAAACAGAAACUACAGAAGUUUAAAGAAGACUGUGAAGUUUUGUUUGAUAUUGCAUCUUGUAAGUGCAAGUCGUUGUCGACAUGUUCUUGUGAGAAAACUCGUAAAAUUCCUAAACAAGAACACGAGUUUUUGCUCGAUCAACGUGGCGAAAGAAGAAUGAUGAUUGGAUCUCUAGAUAAAAAAGUUACACUUAAGAAUAUGGCUUUGUCUGAUCGGAAAUGA